AGUUACACUACAAGUGCGGACACUACAAGUGCGGGCCUGGGCUUGCGCAUUUGAUUCAAAACCUGCAUGGGGCAACUUGAACUGCCAAAUGAAUCAAGGCCUCGCUGCUCGCAGCUUGUUUCUGGACUCACACAACGCUAUUUACUUAACCUGCAUCAACUCACAGCUUGCAUAGCACAAGCUCUCAACUGUACCAAACUCUUAUUUCUGCGGAUUUGAGCAGCUAGCAAUCAUGUUUGAGGCACGUAUUACCCAGGGCGCUGUGCUGAAGAAGCUGGUGGAGGCCCUGAAGGAGCUGGUGACGGAGGGCAAUUUCGAUGUCAGCUCGACCGGCCUGCAGCUGCAGGCGAUGGACUCCUCCCACGUUUGCCUUGUGUCCCUAGCACUGCGAGAGGAUGGAUUUGAGCAUUUUCGCUGCGACCGGAACAUGGCUAUGGGCAUCCACUUUCAGAACCUGUCCAAGAUCCUCAAGUGCGCAGGCAACGAGGACACCAUCACGCUGAAGGCCGAGGACAACGCCGACCAGCUCACGCUCAUGUUCGAGUCCUCGAACCAGGACCGCAUCUCGGACUUCGACCUGAAGCUCAUGUCCAUUGAGUCGGAGCACCUGGGCAUUCCCGACCAGGAGUACUCGGCGGAAAUUAAGAUGCCAUCUUCGGAGUACCAGCGCAUCGUCCGCGACCUGACCAGCAUCGGCGACACCGUGCUCAUCUCAGCGACGAAGGAGGGCAUCAAGUUCUCCACCUCGGGAGACGUGGGCACUGCCAACGUGACUCUCCGGCACAACACCACGCCCGAGAAGCCCGAGGAGCAGACCAUUAUUGACCUGAAGGAGCCCGUUGCGCUGACCUUCGCCCUGCGCUACCUCAACAAUUUCGCCAAGGCCACCCCUCUGGCGCCGGUGGUCAAGCUGUCGCUCACCAAGGACCUGCCAAUCGUCGUCGAGUACCAGAUUGGCGAGCUCGGCGCCGUUAAGUUCUACCUGGCCCCCAAGAUUGACGACGAGGACCAGAUGGGCGAGGAUGAGGCGCAGUCUUGAGCGCUGUGACAGCAGCGAGCGCGGAGCAGCUGGGGAUGGGGAUGCUAGCAUAUGUGCGUUUCGGAGGCAGUUGAUGCGCUGCACAGCAUUUUGAUUUAUGGGGCCUUAGUUGCCGCGUCGGGGGCAAGGUGGGGGAUAGAUGGACCCAAGGGAUGUUCCCGGGUAUUGGAGCGCGUGAAUGUGUGUGUUCGCACGGAUGACGGUGUGCGCCAAUGCGCUAUGACCUCCAAACAGAAUGACCAUGGACAGAAACUGCUCGCUUCAUGUGCGGUACAUACAUCCAGAUGUACUUUAAAGACGAGACACUACCUAUCUCUCGUGAUGCUUCCUGAGACUGCGCCUAAUUGGGCCACAGCUGGGAACGAGCCGUGUAAAGCAUGUCACGGUGCACUUUGAUAAUUUCUCCACCUCUUGAACUAAGGACACGAAAUGUUAGGGUGUUGCGGAUGGACUGACGGAAAUCAGGCAGGCAAAGCGUGUGUCAACUCUUGCCAAAGGUCUAUGUACGUCAAGGGUGCCAACACCCUCAGCGCUUCAUGCGUUGCGCUUACUUGCAUUGGCAUGUGAAGUGAAUUGGCGUGGACAGCAGACAGCUUAUCAGGUAACGCAUAGUGGAAUCUUCUCACGAACUGUAAGAGAGCUGUACG